CAGGAUGUUGAGGUGUUGGAAACAUUCGGAAAACCGUUUGGAAGAUGCAGAGUGCACGGAUGAGGGCUCUGCUGCGUCCCCUCAGUCCCACUUCCCACACAAGGCCUUCUGGGUAAGCUUCUCAGCGUCCCUGCUCCUGGUCAUCAUCGCCCUCGCUCUGACGGGGCACCUGGGGCUGUCGCAGCCUCCUGCAGAGUCUUUACAGUUGGUCCGGAUCACAGCUUCAGAUCAGACCGGACUUCUGAUCAACCAAUCGGCCGUCGUUGACUUGCAAAAUGACCUGGUGACCUUUUCCAUCACCUCACCUGCAAAUCAGACGUCCACUGUGCUCUUUGAUAUCAAACAUGGUUUGAUAUGUUACAAACCCAUGGACCAGGAGAGCUGCUUCCUGCGAAAGAUGGAGGAAUCUGACUAUAAAAACGUGCACUCCCUCCUCCAGGAGUCUACACACAAGCAGGGUCAGAUCCAGCUGUCCAGGAAUGAGACCCAGAGGCAGAGGGAGUUCCUAGGGGUGUUGGCAGGCAGUCCGGUGGACGUGUCCACGCUGGAGGGGCCUCUGCAGACUCUGUGUCAGCACAGCUCCGUCCACUGGACCAGGAGGGUCGACGGCCCGGGGAAUCAGAGGCUGGUCUACUUCUGCAUCGACAUCUGCUUCCCCAGCAACAUCUGCGUGUCUGUGUGCUUCUACUACCUGCCAGAGUGAAGAUCGGGGAGACAAAGUUGUCUUUUUAGCUCCUUCUACAAGAAAAAAAAAAAAAAAAUACAGAACAAAAGCCAGCUUUGACUGUUUCCUCUGUGCCAUAGACGCUAGAAACCCAGUGAAGCAGCCCAACCCGACAGAGCCUUCCCGACAGAGAGAAGAUGGAGACAGGCUGUCAGGUAAUCGCCAAAGCCCCGUCGUCACUCUCUUCAUGAGUAAUACCGUCUCUGCUGGGACACUUUGGAGAUUACAGAAGAAAGAUCCCCCUUUUUUUGCCUCCAAUUGUAUUUCCUGUAAUCCACUGCUGCAGUAUAAUUAUGCGUAAC